UCCCCUCCAUAUCAUGUGAUUCAGGUGUUCCAAUCCCCUCCAUAUCAUGUGAUUCAGGUGCUCCAAUCCCCUCCCAAUCAUGUGAUUCAGGUGCUCCAAUCCCCUCCAUAUCAUGUGAUUCAGGUGUUCCAAUCCCCUCCCAAUCAUGUGAUUCAGGUGUUCCAAUCCCUUCCAUAUCAUGUGAUCCAGGUGUUCCAAUCCCCUCCAUAUCAUGUGAUUCAGGUGUUCCAAUCCCCUCCAUAUCAUGUGAUUCAGGUGUUCCAAUGCCCUCCAUAUCAUGUGAUUCAGGUGUUCCAAUCCCCUCCAUAUCAUGUGAUUCAGUUGUUCCAAUCCCCUGCAUAUCAUGUGAUUCAGGUGUUCCAAUCCCCUCCCAAUCAUGUGAUUCAGGUGCUCCAAUCCCCUCCAUAUCAUGUGAUUCAGGUGUUCCAAUCCCCUCCCAAUCAUGUGAUUCAGGUGUUCCAAUCCCCUCCAUAUCAUGUGAUUCAGGUGUUCCAAUCCCCUCCAUAUCAUGUGAUUCAGGUGUUCCAAUCCCCUCCCAAUCAU